AUGGCAACGGCGAAUUCCUGGAAUCAAAGGCUGUCCAAUUUUUUACAAAGUCCGUCUCAGUUCUUGACUUGCACUACUACCGAUAGUUUUUUGACUGACCUUCUUCACGAACUAAGAGAUGAUAAAGCGAACGACAAUACGAAGAUACUUCUGCUUUCCGUGUUGCUGGAACAUCCGAAUGUUUUGUGCCCUACUGUCUCAGUUGGUGAAGAGACCGUGCAGGAUCUCAUGUCUAUUUUAACUCAUGCUCCACAAAAGUCUGUUUCUCUCAAAUGCCAUCUCAUGCUGACCAUCACUAAUGUGUUGGUAUGCACAUCCUGCUUUACCAGUAAGGCAAAAGUGGCUGAAGACUUUUUGGAUCUUCUGUUCCAAACAAUUCAGGACACAAAUGAUCACAGAGGAGGGUCAGCGCACUACCCUGUUAGGGCCACAGCAUGUGACUGCCUUAGGGAGAUAGAAACCUGUUAUCCUGGCCUGCUUUCACAGAAGCUGGAGGCUCUGUAUCAGUUUAAACAACAAGAGACAACAGUUCUUCAUCAGUCUUACUGCCUGUUAUUCACCUUGGGGCUAAAAAAUGCUAUCCGUCACUUGGCUCAACAAAAAGAUGUAGCUGACACAGAUCUUAAGAAUCUCCUCACAGGAAAUGAAGGACUUGCAUGGAAAUGCAUUGACACACAAUUAUCUAUAAUGUUUCCAUUCAACCUGAUGAAUCAGGUACCACAGCUCCAAACUGGUGGUGACUGUAAAGAACUGAGGUCCAUAAUGACAUUGCUGUUAGAGGAGUCAUACCUGCUGACUCCAGUCUCCCAGGCUUCCUUGCUUCGAGAACUGGUGGAGAUAGUUGCCAUGGUGCCUGCCCUCUCCCCCGCAAUAUUUAAGUCUCAGCUGCUUCGUCUUUUUGGAACUGGAGAAGUUGAGCUACUCCAUGUGACACUGUUCAUGAAAGGUGCGUUCACAGAUAGUCUCUUCAGUGCAGAGGAUGAGAACUUCUUUCUGAAACGACUUGUUGGCAUGGCACAACAUCCACUCUUAACCAUUCCUGAGAAGUUAUUCUACAUGAGGUGUAUCCUCCACUUCCCAGAGAACAGGCCCAUAUCUAGCCAUGGAGAGGAAUGUUUACCUGUGCUUGUCACACCUCGCCUUGCAGCCUCUCUCCUUCCAACUGUAUUCAAUGACAGUAACACAAUGCUCUGCAGAUUGAACCUCCUCUGCCUGGUACACUUGGAAGCAGAUGAAGGAGAGGAGGGUAAAGGACUGGGCUACCUGUUUGAUCACGUGAUAGCUCUUCUCAAAAUUGUGGACAAUCAUGGCAACAGAGAAAUGACUGUGACAUCAUUCAAAGCUGUCUUUAUUUUUCUCAUGCAUUUCUAUCACAUGGAGAAAUAUUCAGAGAAGCUGAUCAGUAAGGUGUGUGAACUGUACUCCAAGAACUGUUGCCUUGCUCCACAUCUGAUUAACCUUGUUGAUCGCAUUCAGGAGAGCUUGGAAGAUUCGGUGUGGGCGUCCCAGUUGUUUAAAGCUUUGCAGAAGUCUAUUGUGGAAGUGUCUCUCUCACAACUGACACUUCAGAAUCUGAGCUGGCACCUCAAAAUUUUAGGUAGAGUGGCAAAGGAGAACAAGAUACCCCAAAGGAAUACAUUAUACUUCCUGCUCAACGUCCUUCUCAACUCAAGUCUUUGUGAGAGGGGUAGCUGGCAGGUUGGCAACGCUAUCCUCGCCGUGUGUCGAAACUUACUCAAGCAUCCCACCCUUAACCAAGUGUUCAUUGAGCUGGCUGACUUACUGCAGUACAUGUCAGCUCACUAUGAGGACACAGACAUUCAGGACCAUGCUAGAUUCUAUUACACCCUGCUUACUAACCUAUCGUGGGAAAAGCUCUCUGGGGUCCUUGCCAAAGGUGCAGAUGGAGGCCAAGCCAAGAUCAGGUCGCUGUCUGCAAUCAUGGCUGAAAGUGAUGGACUCACCAACUGCCUGACCAUUCACCAGACUGAUCAACCUGUUCUGCAGCUUGUCAAAAUUCAAAAUCAAGAAUCACAGAAAUCCACAACAAGUGCAACUAAGUUAGAAGAUGUGGAGAAGCAGGGAGCCCUGGAAUUUUAUCAAGAGCAGUUCCUCACCCCUGGUUUUGCUUCUGAGGUCACUCUGCAAUACAUCCUGACAUAUACAGAAGUAAACGAUUCUCUAUUUGACAGAAUCUUCUCUAUUUGCCUGCACUUUGACCUGAAAGACUCCAAUUAUGCAGAGGUGAGCGACAUAUGCGUUCCUUGCCUGUUCAGAGAUAGAAAACCUCCUGAAGUUUGCCUCAAGCUAAAGCCAAGACUGCCAUAUCCCACAACUGUAAAUGUUAGAGCUGUGUUUACCACUGAGGAUGGGCUUUCUUGGCACACACAGCUUCCUGAUGUCACAGUUUCAUUCCCAGAAGUGUUUCUGCCACUCCCUCUGCCCCCUGGCACAUCACAUGUGCUUAAGCAGGACGUGUUUGACCAUCUGUGGAACGCAAUGAGCUCAGGUGAAUCUAACUGCGCUGCUACAAGCUUAUUCUGUUUCCAGAUUGGAGACAGUUCCCUUAAUGACUUGAUUAAGUCACAUUUUGAAAGCUACCUGAUCUCAGAGCAGCUGGAACAAAAUGGAUGCAAAGUAUUGUUUUUUCUUCCACCCAAGUUUCAUGUUUUGCUUAAAAUUGAACAAGCUGAGGAUUCGAUUCAAGUCAAUAUUGCAACAGAUAAUUGGGAGCUGCUACCACAUGUGAAUGCUUACCUUCUAAACAUUACAGCCCUCUCCAAUAUGACACCAUCUCACAUAUGA